UAACAGUGAUAUCUGCUAAAAAUGCAAGUUUCAUUUUCGAAAUUUCGCACACGAAAAAAGCUGUGGAUUCUAUUUUCAAUCUAGUACGUGCCUCCAAUGGUUAUUUAUAACACAUGUUUCUGCAGUUUUUGCCUGUUGGAUGAAUAUUUUAAUGACUGGUGCUUUAUGUAAAAACGAGGCUUAUUGUUUUGAUUUUUUUUAUCUAUUAUCUUAUUAAUUUUACCGACGAACGAACGGAAAACCAGUCGAACUUUAGAAGAUUAUGAAACAAUUUUAGCUAUGGAUGAAAUUUUGUUUCGUUUAUCUAAUCAGAUCGAAUUAUUACAGAUUCGAGUGUCUGUUGUAAAUGAACAUGGUAAACAAUUAUUAAGUAGAUGUUCGUCAGGAGGUCAACGACUAUUAAGUAAAUGGUUGUCAGAAGGUCAACAACUAUUGAAUAUAUGGUUGUCCAUAGGUCAACAAUAUUUACAAGAUGUAAGAGACGGUUUUAACAUUCAAGAGUUUAAAGAAUCAUUUAACCAAAUUCUUAUGUGGUUUCACAACCGAAUCCACACAAUGAAACAUCAUCUUUCAUCUAUUAAUUUUAAUCCAAGACAUAUUUAUCGAUAUUUCAUAAAUAUAAUUCUAUUGGAUGUUUCAAAGAAAGAAUUUAUUUAUUUCUCUAUUGGAUUAAUUACUGGAACUAUAAUAGGAUAUUCACUAGCACUAAAUUGGUUCACUUCUCAUCAUUUGCAUCACAUAAAAGCAAUCGUUUGUCAAUAUUAUUUUGGUAUUCAAGGGGCUUUAAUGAUUGAGGAUGCAGAAAUGCCCAUAAUACGAAAAUCUAACGAACUUUUAAUUCUAGUUAAAGCAGCAUCGAUUCAUGAAGUAGAUGUAAAAAUAUGUUCUGGUUAUUCUAAAGCAUACAGAAGAUUAUUAAAUACAGGUAAAUAUAAAAGCUUGCCAGUAAUCUUAGGACGAGAUUGUGCCGGAGUUGUCGUUGAUAUUGGCUGCCAUAUUAUUAACUUUAACAUUGGUGAUAAAGUAUUUGUAGCAGUUCCAUCAUGGUCUACUGGAACAAUGGCAGAAUAUAUUGUAGUGCCAGAAACUCAAGUUGCUAAGAUGCCAAGAAAUUUAUCUUUCGAAGAUUCUGCCACUUUACCUUAUAGCGGCUGUUUAGCCUGGGACGCUUUAGUUAAUAGUAACAUUAUUAAAGAUGACAGCGCUGAAGGGAAAAGAAUAUUGGUUUUCGAUGGGAGUACAUCUAUUGGAUGCAUUUUAAUACAAUUGAUUAAACAUUCGAAUGGAUAUGUAGUUACAAUCUGCAAAUCGCAAGCUGCGUUCAUUAUAAAAACAUUAGGUGUGGAUGAAAUUAUUGAAUUCGAUGAAUAUAAAAUUUAUAAGGAUCUGAAGCUUCAAAAUAAAUUUGACGCGAUUUUCUUUACCGGCGGUACUUGCACUAUAAAUCAAAAUAUUUUGAAAAAUUAUUUAUCACCUAAUGGAACUUACAUAUCAGUAACUCCAGAAAACUUAAUGUCAGAUUCAUUUGGAUAUAUAAGUGGAACUUUGUUCGCAGGAUGCAUAAAAAUAAGUCAAAUUCUUCAGUAUAUUUUUGGUGCUAAUAUAUAUCACUGGAAGGAAGGGACAAAAAUAAAGAGCACGUAUUUAGAAUUAUUACAAAAACUUGUUGAAAAUAAUCAUCUUCGACCUAUCUUAGAUAAAGUUUAUGCUUCUCAUCAUAUCGAUGUAGCUUUGUCUCGUGUUGCUGAGAGUAAUGCAAUUGGUAGUACCGUUGUUAAAUUUCUGUCAUAGAUUUUCAAAAAUAGAAUGU